GUGAUGCAGCUUCGAGUACACUUGCGUGACCAUCUCUAGAUGUGAAGCGAGCAUUUUGUUGAAACAUGAACGGACAGUCACCGAGCUGUGAGCGACUGACGUUCACGUGCUUGUGUGUUUGCGGAUGUCUUUUCGUCCUCACAACAGUGUUUGUGCAGCUCCCAAGAUUCCGAACCUCCAUCCAGUGGGUCUACGAUUCUCGAUCUAGAGGAAGUCAGCCACAGCUCUCUGACAACACACUUAAAGAGUACAAAACUAUUAAAGUCACAAGCACACAAGGGCCAAGUCGUGAAGUUCAAGACCUCACGGAACGUGUGCGCAGCUUCUGUCAACGCUACGCCAAACAGCAGAACGAGAGGCUAGAGAAGAUGAACAAGACGACAGCGGGUGCGUUGACGGUGAUUUACAAAACCUACAAGCACCUACUCUACGCGGUAAACCCGCGCAACAACCGCAGCGUGCUGUAUUGCUCGAUUCCCAAAGUUGCCAACACCAGUCUCAAGACUCUCCUGCUAAGCCUAAACGAGAGCCAUAGGGGCAAAUACACUGAUUCAACCAUGCAUUACUAUGUCUACUCAGCCAUGGGCCUUCCGUUCAUGUUGUACCGGAAGGAUCUCAACGUUAGCGAUCUGGCCAACGCAUUCAAGGUCAUGUUCGUCCGGCACCCUUUUGAGCGCCUCGUAUCCUUCUUCGAAGACAAGACGAGGCGUACAGUGCCAACGGGACAGUACUUCUAUUACAGGUACUGGAAUGACGCCAUGGUUCACUUCAGAGGGGCCGAGAACGUGGACAGGCGGAAAGACCUCAUCACGUUCGAAGAGUUUGUCGACCUUCUUCUGAGCAUCCAUCCGUCCAAGUACGACUUGCACUGGCAGUUGUACAGCGAUCGCUGCGAGCCGUGCCUCGUUCCUUACGAUUUCGUGGGCACCUUGGCAGACGUGCCGGUAAUGUACAGUGCGCUUGGAGUGACCAAUCGUUCUCAGUUGUGGGUGAACAAGGGACCCAGUGACACUAGGAAUGUGGCCCUAUCGUACUUUUCUCGACUGCCUAGGUCGAAAGUGGCGGCGCUGUACGCUAUCUACGCCGUGGACUUCAUGAUGUUUGGCUAUAGCGCGGACGAGUACCUCAAUGCGGCCAUCGGCACCACGUAUACAUUAUAGAGAGAUAAA